AGGCUUGUGCACAUCUAUACAUCCAGAAGGUUACCAGGAUCGUGAAAUAAUGUUGCUGAUUUUAAUGUUGUUUAAAAUGAGUUUGGAAAAGCAGCUGAAACAGAUUCCUCUAGUAGACUUUCAAAGCCUCCUGAUAAACCUGAUGAAAAACAUCAGAGAUUGGAACACAAAGGUGCCUGAACUCUGUCUGGGCAUAAACGAACUCUCUAAUCAUCCCCACAACCUUUUGUGGUUAGUACAGCUGGUACCUAACUGGACAUCUCGUGGAAGGCAACUGAGACAGCGCCUCAGUCUAGUGAUUAUUUCAAAGCUUUUGGAUGAGAACCAUGAAGAUGUCCCUAAUGCCAAUAAUCUGCAGGUAUCAGUCCUACAUCAUUAUCUUGUGCAAAUGAAGCCUUCUGAUUUGUUAAAGAAAAUGGUCUUGAAGAAAAGGGCUGAACAACCAAAUGGCACUAUUGAUGACAGUCUUCAUUUAGAACUUGAAAAGCAGGCUUAUUAUCUGACCUACAUUCUUCUUCAUUUAAUUGGUGAAGUUAGUUGUUCUCAUUCUUUUUCUUCUGGACAACGGAAACACUUCGUGCUGCUCUGUGGAGCUUUGGAGAAGCAUGUUAAAUGUGAUAUUAGGGAAGAUGCAAGACUUUUUUACAGAACUAAGGUGAAAGACUUGGUUGCCAGGAUACAUGGGAAAUGGCAGGAAAUAAUCCAGAACUGCCGGCCUACUCAGGGGCAGCUUCAUGACUUCUGGGUACCAGAUUCUUAACAGGAGUUGCAGCAGCAAAAAUGUGAACCAAGAGAAAUUCAAUAAGAUCCUUUCUUAGGGGAGCAGAGAGGAUUAUUACAGCAAAUGUGCCACUUGAUUAGUAUGAUGCUGGUAAUGAAGAAAUUAUCAUUUCUGAAGCAGAUAUGAAAUGUGAUCUGCUUAAUUGUUCAGGCAACUGAUCUUUUUUAAAAGAGCAGAGUUUUAUAAAAAGAGGAAGGGAUAAAAAAGCAGCUAAUAGUUAAAUGUCUGACCUGUCCCUAUUAACUCCUCUUUUUACAUUGUAAGCCAGUUUUCUUUCUUCAGAUAGUAUUUGUGGCAUUGAGUAAUCAGAGGAAAUAAUGCUAGAAAAGAGUUUGGACUGACUGAAGAGUUGGAUGUGGAAACCAAGACCAAGUUCCAAUUUGGUUUAAUUUUCCUCCUUGGUUAUUUUAGUAUGCAAAGGGAAAGCUUAGAACUGAGUUAGGAAUAAAAGGCUUAAAUCUCUUCUAUAACUCCUAUAAACCACGGGGAUAUUUUAGUCCAUUUAUUUUCUGUGACUAUUCAAGAUUAUAAAUCUGUUAGGUUUUUAAAAUACAUUUAAACAAGCAAUUGAGAAACAGAAGUUUGGUAUAUUGUCAGAUCCCCUGGGGGGGUGGGGAGGAAGUUAAGCUGUAAAGUUAAGUAGCUUAUUUCUUAUGCCAAAACAGUCUUAUGCAGUUUGUUUUAGAUUUCUUUUAAGUGCAUAUAUUUUUUUAAAUACUGAUUAAAUCUUAGAAUCUUGGCUAAAUUUUAGGAUUCUGACUAUAGAUAACCAUGUUACAGAAAUCUAUAUUGUAAAAACCUAAAUAUCUGGACAAGUUCCCAAAAACCUUAUUUUCAUGAGUAUAUAACUUUGGCAGAGUCCUAGAUAAUGUUUAUUCUUUGGGACACUCUCUGUGUGUGCACACAUGUGCUUAUACCUUGAAGUUGUUGCACUUGAAAACCACAGCUGCUCUAAAUUCUUAAACACUGGAAAGCCAUCCUUUGGUUUAAAUGGUGGAGAGUUAGGUGAAGUACAUAUACUGGUUUUAGCCAAGGGCCCUUUGAAGGCUUUGGUAAUAACACAUUCUCACUAGCCAACUGAAAAAUUAUUUUGUUGACUGAGUGUCCCUUUUAGGAGGAUAUGUUUCCUGAAAGAGAAUGCCAACUUUUUUUGUUCUUUUUAUAUUGGCUUGUGUGACCUGUUCUCCUGAGCACUAGUGUCUCUAGUUGUGCAGAAGAAAGAUAACAGAGAGAGGUGGGAACUGAACUUGAUGUUCAUAGUUUGAGAGGGGAGAAAAUAAAUUCUGAAAAGUAACUUUCUACCUCUCAUUUGAGGCUUAGGAGUAAAAAACAUUUUAUCUUAAAUUUACCAUUCAAAAUAGCAUCAGUAACUUUUGAGCUCAUGUCAAGCAUUGGGCAGUUAGAGAUUUUUAAGGAAGACUAAAUAUGUCCAGUUUCCAGAACCUAAAUGAGGUUGCUGACUGAGGCACUAACAGUCAGACCAACAAAGUUUUAUUCUGUGUUGAGUUUACUGGUAAGAAUAUUAUCUUGAUACUACCUCUUCAGGGUAUUGUUACAAAAUGCCACUUAUGGUUAAAGAGAUAGAUACAAAGAGUUAUAUAUUUGACAGAAGCUUGAAACUCUGGCAUCUAUCUGCCCAACAAUGGGGGCUUUCACUCUGUAAUUUAAUAAUUUGUAGAUACAUUAUUUGUGUGUAAUUUUAUAAGUGUUCAUAUUUUUCUCAUUUUGCAUUGUGUAAAGUGUACAAAAUCUCAGAAGUAUAAAAUACUGCUUAUAUUGCUUGUAAUUACAGUGUGUAAAUAUUUUCUAAUCGUGUACAUUGAUGGGGGGACAAGUGGGUUAUUUAGGUUUUUUUUUUUAAGUGACCCUUUUAUAUUGCAGUUUCAACAGAUAACUGCCCAUCAAAUUUAAAACCACUUUGAUACAUUUUUAUUUAACAGUUCCA